UUUCACGUUGACAAAUUUUAAAAUAAUACUCCUUCCAGGAAAUGUGCGAUCCUAACGCCAUGGGUCACGACGACUCUUGUGUAGAAUCACUAACAUCCUGGUUUGACUAUCUCUCGUUGGAAUCUUUUCUUGGAUUUGGGUGGUUCGGUUAUGUUUUUAAAGGGAUAAGUGGACAGGCCAACCUUUCCGCCGUGAAAGUCAUCUUUAUCGACGCCAUCGGAAACCUAUUAGACGACGAAGACGACAAAGUUCGCCUCUCCCGAGAAUACAAACUUAUGAGAGGAAAGAAACACGACAAUUUGGUUGAAAUAUUAAAAGCAACAGACACACCUUUCACUGAAGAAGAUGUCAUUGUCCUGCGAAAUAUUAGAUGUCUUCAGAGCAAUGACGACGUUCUUGAUCAACUUCACUCGCUAUCGUUGCGAGCACAACGAAAAAAACAAAUUCCUACCCUCUGCAUCCAAAUGGAGUUAUGCGGUAAGACGUUGCGUCACUGGUUAACUAGAAAUAAUGAGAUUGACAAUCCGGAAUUACACCCAGCUCGAAAGCGUAUAGUUAUCGACAUGUAUGAAGGGCUAAAAUACCUGCACAACAAUAAAAUCAUGCAUCGGGAUUUUCGCCCAGAAAAUAUUAUGUUUUCCUUCUCAUCAACAGCGGAAGAGUUCACAUUUCCCGUUAAAGUGGGAGAUUUUGGGCUAUGUCGAAACGUCCAUGGGGAACAGACUGUCACCAAAACCCUAACCUGUUUUGUGGGAAGUGUCACUUAUCGUGCUCCAGAAACUAAUUUCUCUGAUUACAGCAUCUCCGCAGAUUUGUAUUCGUUUGGUUUAGUAUCUUGGGAAGUUCUCCAGAUAAUUAAGCAGAAGGAUACGAGAUCAAUGUUCCACAGGCUGGUGCAUGACGCAGAAACUAAUCUAAUUAAGGGCUCAGAUUGGUGGUUUCGAAAUUGGACAAAUAUUAUAGUUAAUAUUACUAAGAGACGCGUUCAAGACAGAAUUAAAGGACAUUACGAAAUAUUGAUAGUCGACCCACUCAAAUCUGAUUUUACUGUAGACUCACAUGAGCAAUUAUCUGCAAUCAAAGACUACUUGGUGGCGGGGGAUAUCGUAAAUAUUAACAUUAAGGACGAGACAAGCCAGUUUUACGAUUUUAAUGUGGAUAAUGCUACUUUUAAUGGGAUUACUAAACCAAGCCUUCGUCAUUUAAGAUUAGAAAUUGUGGGAAAUUUGUGUACAAUUAGUAAUCUGAAUCUGGAAUCUUUGUGUGUUCAGGGUAGCAAUAAUAUAGUCAAAAACAUAACUUGUGAUUUUGUGGAUGUUAUAGGAGAUGAAAAUCAACUGAGUAACAUUACAACUUGUCACCCCGAAGGCCCCGGCCGCCGCGUAAGGUUCGGAAUUAUUAUACACGGAAACAAAAAUGUUUUAACAUCGUUUAAUUGUUACAAUGUCUCCCCUACCGAGGUGACAAAUCAUGUGCAUUACACUGAUCCAGAUGAUUUGUAUGCAUUUGUCCAACAAUACGGCUCACUAUGUCUUUAUGUGUCACACUUUAAUCAGUCAUGUACAAUUGAUAAGGCUACUUUUCGCAAUGGGUUGAUUGAAGGAACGAGACAUAUUUUGAAGGAUAUUAAGUGCAAUAAUGCUAUUCAGAUUAGUGGGAAAGACCAUACUGUAGAGGACCUAGAAGCCCUCAAUCUCAUUGAUGGUUGGACAAAAACCGAGUUGAGCACGACAAAAGUGUAGCCUUGUGUAAGAAUGUGAUCACGAAAAAAUACACUAAAAAUACCAAAAGUAGUUAAGAUUUACUGAGAUUUAAAUGUAAUAUGUGCGAAAAAUGAAUGAGUGUGUACCCACAAAUAUGUCUCGGCUGAGGGCAACAUGUCAGCAAUUUACAUACAUUAGGUGUAACACGUGACAAUGGGGGAGAUUAGGUAUCAAAGGUCGGUAUUUUAUGCCCGACAUAACUUACGGACGUCCCACUAACAGGGAAAUAAAUUUAUAUCACACUAAUGUGUGGCAAUAAGUCUAUAUAUGUAUGUAUGUAUACCAAUGUGUACAAAUGCUAUGUAAUGUACGUGUUUAUAUCUUCCAAGGGAUCCUAACUCAAUGCAAUAACAUAUACAAAUAUAAAACCUGCUCAUUAAGUGGCACCUGUGUAAAGUUAAAAUAAUUAAUGCAGCAGAGCAGAGUGCAGUUCCUUUACAUAGGUGGCAUAGGCGUCCACUUUUCAUUCUCGUCUAUCUUAUUAACAUGUGCUGUUUGUGGCGGUGCGUAGUGACAAACUGGUGAUGUUGAGAUUAAUGAGUGAUGAUGACAUGUGGCGAUAGUGAAGUUGUUUACAUCACGUGACUUGCAUUCUCACAGAACAAAGAGCCAUAUUACUCCCUCUGGAUAUAUUUAUAACUCUAUGAUAUCUUCUCAGCGUACUUGACAGUGCGACUGGAAUUUUGUAUAAUUUAAUAGUCUAGGAUGCUGCCUGCAGUCCUCUAUUGAAACACGCUCUAAAUUCUUGGAUGCAUAUAGUGUUCCAUUCCGUGGUCAAAAAAUGUUUUCAGACCUCUAUACUGCGACGAGGUUUAGAACACACUUUUGCCCCUAACUUUGACGUUCUUUUCAUAAUCCGGGGAUUCAAAUCCAGAAAGUAGAAGGACCAUUCCAAAGUGGAGAUAAACUCCGGAAUUUGGUUUUUUGACCGCGCUUGCAUCAUUUUUGCACUAUGCACUGGUGCUGAGUCCCCAUGCGGGUAUUGGUUUGGUGAUAAUUUCUCCCCGGGUUGGUAAUAGUUAGAUUCCAAGUAGUGAGUUUUCAUCACCACAACGGUAUAUUUUUCACAAUGCGGUGUUGCCCCUUAUCACGGCUCCGGUUAAGUCAUAUAUGAACUCGGUUUGGGGAUGAUUCAAUACCAUUUUGCUAAGAGUGUAGUUAUUCUUCUACGUACACGAAUGUAUUUCAAAAUACUGUAUGCAAAUUUCGAAACGUUUAUAUGUACAUACUUACAGAACCCAGAUAUUUAGAUGACUAAUAAAGAAGUAGUUUUUGCUGCAAAAAUUUACAGCUUGUGAAUUUUAAUCAGCACGGUGUGAAUUUGAUAAACUUUUGAUAUAACUUUUGAUAUAACUCUCUAGCCUAAUCUGGAUAAUUAGUCCUGUAAUUUUUCUAAUAAGGUUAUACAAAUAUAUAUGUACAUACAUACAUACAAAUACAUCUAAUUAAUAUAUAUUUAUUGUAAACCUUGUGUAUAAUUUAUGGAUGCUAUCGAUUUCACAUCUAACAAGGUUUUCAACAUUUUCAAAAUGUUGUUCGUGAAUUCAACAAAAUUUGAAUCGAUUAAACUUGUAGGUAAUUAAAAAUGUUUGACUUCAUUUAUGUAUAGUAAAUAAA